GCAGCUCAGAGCCUUCUUGCACAGCUCCUCUCAGUAAUGCUUGGCCUCCGCUGAGCCAGACCCCUCAGGGCCCUCUGCUGCAGAUAUGGCUUGGUUUCUGUGCCUGUGUGUGCUUUUGGUCAUGUGCCUUGCUUUGUUAGUGUUGCAGCUGAAGCUCAGGAUGUCCCCACAUGGCACCCAAGUACCUCCCCGCCUCCCAUCACUCCCCCUUAUUGGCAGUCUGCUCAGUCUGCGAAGCUCACACCCGCCUCAUGUGCUUUUCAAGGAGCUGCAGGAGAAAUACGGACAGACAUACUCUCUGAUGAUGGGCUCCUACAAUGUCAUCAUCGUCAACCAGCACACACAUGCCAAAGAAGUCCUGCUGAAGAAGGGAAAGAUAUUUGCUGGGAGACCUAGAACUGUAACCACAGAUGUUCUGACCCGAGAUGGGAAAGACAUCGCCUUUGGAGACUACAGUGCUACCUGGAGGUUCCACAGGAAAAUAGUCCAUGGAGCUCUGUGCAUGUUUGGAGAAGGCUCUGCCUCCAUCGAGAAGAUCAUCUGUGCAGAGGCCCAGUCUCUGUGCUCCAUCCUGUUUGAGGCAGCAGCUGUUGGACUGGCCCUGGAUUUGUCUCCUGAGCUCACUCGGGCUGUCACAAAUGUCAUCUGUUCACUCUGCUUCAACUCAUCUUACCAAAGAGGAGACCCCGAAUUUGAGGCCAUGCUGCACUACAGCCAGGGCAUCGUGGACACUGUGGCCAAAGACAGCCCAGUGGACAUCUUCCCCUGGUUACAGAUUUUUCCCAAUGCAGACCUGCGUCUUCUAAAGCAGUGUGUUUCAAUCAGAGACAAUCUUCUACAGAAGAGAUAUGACGAACACAAGGCAGACUACAGUGACCAUGUGCAGAGAGACCUGUUGGACGCCCUGCUCAGAGCCAAGCGCAGCGCUGAGAACAACAACACAGCAGAGAUCGGUGCAGAGUCUGUGGGCCUCAGUGACGACCACCUCCUUAUGACUGUGGGAGACAUCUUCGGAGCUGGCGUGGAAACCACCACCACUGUGCUCAGAUGGGCUGUCACUUACCUCAUCCAUCACCCACAGGUGCAGAGGAGUAUCCAGGAGGAGCUGGACAGUAAGGUGGGGGGGGACCGGUCCCCCCAGCUCAGUGACAGAGGCAGUCUGCCCUACUUAGAGGCCACCAUCAGGGAGUUGUUACGGAUCCGCCCUGUGGCCCCUCUGCUCAUCCCCCAUGUGGCCCUCAGUGACACCAGCAUCGGGGAUUUCACAGUGAGAAAAGGAACCCGAGUCAUUAUCAACCUGUGGUCUCUGCACCAUGAUGAGAAAGAAUGGAAAAACCCCGAGCUCUUUGACCCUGGUCGGUUCUUGAACAGUGACGGCACAGGUCUGAUCAUCCCUUCGUCCAGCUACCUGCCCUUUGGUGCCGGGAUCAGGGUGUGUUUGGGCGAGGCGUUAGCCAAGAUGGAGCUCUUCCUCUUCCUGUCCUGGAUCCUGCAGCGCUUCACCCUCUCUGUCCCACCAGGCCACUCUCUGCCCAGUCUGGAGGGCAAGUUUGGUGUGGUCCUCCAGCCGGCCAAGUACAAGGUGAUCGCCACACCCAGACCAGGCUGGGAGAGAAACAAACGCCAGGCAUGUUAACAUUGUCUUUGUUCGUCUUUGACCUCAUGCUGUCAUUUUCCUUUGUGACCCAGAGUCUGUGUUGCUUUUUUUUCCAGCCAAACAUACAUCAGACAUGCAGGAGUGAUCUGUAUGCAGAUUUAUUCUUAUCAUGUGACGGUUCUGAGCAUUAUUUAUAAUUCAUUUUACAACUGGUGAUUUAUUUGAACAAGUCCUGUCUGCUGCCAUGGAAUAAUUGAUUGAAUAAUCUCAGUGUAAAAGAGGGAAUACCACUAGUUUUAUAUUUAAUAAGUACCCAGAGACUGGAUCACUCCAUCCACAGAACUGUAGCUGCCAGAAUCAAUGGAGUACAAAUAUUUUGAUUCUGCAGGUAAGAUUCAUUUAACAGGUAUCCACUGAGCAGAAGUGGGAAACAGAGAUUCCAAGCAGCCAUAAAGUCCAACACAAAAAAGCAAAACUCCAAAACUCCACAACAGCAGGAAGGCAUGAUAUUUGUACCUAAUUUUAAAAUGUAUUUAAUACCUUUGCUUUAUGAUCAGGCUACUGUAAGGUGGUUUGAUAAAAGAGUUUGCACUAUGGGUGGAUUUGGAGAAUGUUGUUUCACUACAUAGUCUCAGAGAAGAAUCCAUCACUACAAUAAAUGAAGGGACAAAAGGGAGCUCAUGAAUGCAACUAUUUUUAAGAAACAUGUUGGUGAAAUAACCUCUUCUCCCCACUGACAGAAACAGUACAUUCUCAGAGUUGAGACUGAAGAUCUCAACAAACCUUCAAUCUACACAAAUAUGUCCUUCUUUAUUUAUAUUUGUGCACUGCAGCUCAUCCCUUAAUGUACUUAAUAACACAAAUUUGUUUUUUGCAUGUACAGUAAGUUGCAAGAAACAUGAAUGGAUCCAUUAGCAUCAUCAGUGUAUGUUAUAUUGUUGACCUAUGAUCAACUGUGUGUUGAGUUUCAGAAUAUCUUCAGUGAAUGUUUCACUGUAACAAAAUGAAGAUGCGUAUCCUGAAGUCAUCACCUGUACUUUAACUAGGACUGUGUGUUUUUAUAUGUAAUGCAUUUUAAAGACAUAAGCUAAGAGAUGUUGUGAAGAGAAUUGGAGAGUUAGGAAUGAUUGUAUUUUAAGAACAUGUACAAUGUAUAAAUUAGCUUUUUUAUGAAGUGAAAAUCUUGGUCAUUAUGAUGUAGAACCACCUGUAGUUUAUUUUUAUCUGACUGGCUUGCAAAAGUGUGGAAUUUAAUUCUGAAUGUAUAUGUAAAUGCUUAUAAUUAUUCUCAAUUGACAUAAAAUUCAUAUUUGUUGAUGAAAUUA